AACAGAUCAUGCGGGCGUCUCUCCGCCCGGUUUUGCUCUCCAAAGUGAUGCAGGAAUAGGUGGGGUCGGGUCGGGUCACCGUACCGGCGACUGCGGAUCGAUCUCGGCCGACAACAAGGACGGUGACAGCCGCAUUUGCCCGGCACGACCGUAUCCCCCCUGUGUUAAAGCCUGCAGCUCUGCUCCUUCUCCACCUCUCUGUUCUUUAUGUUUGUUCUCCUAAAGUACACGAGAUUUGAAAUGACAGAAGCAAAAAAAAUACCUUAAAAACUUGGAUUUCUCUUGCAUGAAAAUAGAAGCGGUAGUUCCCAUUCUGACCCUGGCAGCCUCUGCCUCCUAUAAAUACUCUGCUCCUCUUCCCCAACUCUCCACGACUACGUCUAUCCUCUGAGCUCCUGUCAUUUUAAGUCUUCGUAGAGAACGAGUGUGCUCAAGGAUGUACUACCAGGCGGCGGCGGCAGCGGAGGCGUGGGGUUACGUGGCUGGGAUGGGGCCGACGACGACGAUGGACGCGCUGGAGCGGGUGGAGCGGCUGGCGGCGGAGAGCGCGGUGGUGAUCUUCAGCGUGAGCACCUGCUGCAUGUGCCACGCCCUGAAGCGGCUCUUCUGUGGCAUGGGGGUGAGCCCGUCGGUGGUGGAGCUGGACGAGGACCCGCGCGGGCGGGAGAUGGAGCGCGCCCUCGCCCGCCUCCUCGGCGGUGGUGCAGCCGGCGGCCCCGCCGUACCCGUGGUAUUCAUCGGCGGGAAGCUGGUUGGGGCCAUGGACCGGGUCAUGGCCGCCCACAUAAGCGGCGCCCUCGUCCCCCUCCUCAAACAAGCCGGCGCUCUCUGGCUCUGAAGCAUGCGCAUGGCAAACCCACCGUAUCUAAUAUGAGAGAGAGAGAGAGAGGUUGGUUUUUGGGGUCCUCCAUUUUGGUGCAGUUCUUAAUGGGAUGCAUGGUGGUGACGAAGAAAGGAGUGCAACUUUGGUUGAGGAUGGAAGAUUACAUGUACAGAAAGAUCUUAAAGGCUAAGCCAGAAAGCCGAGAGAAGAUUGCUGGUUUGGUUUUUCUUAGGAGUUCUUCCAAGUGCAGUAC